CCUCCUUCAUCCGAUAUCAGAAUACAGCACCUGUUGUUGCCCUGUUCAUCCAUGUAUAGUUUCUAGACAACUUAUUGAUCGCGUCUCAGAGCAAAAAUGGACCAAGCCUACAAGGCACGCAAGGAGGCUUUUGUGUCUGACCAUCUUGGUGGAAGCAUUGGCGAAAUCAACUUGGUCACACUCGUCGCAUCGACGGCCACUAUAUUGUGGGCGGCCCUGCAGUCGCGUCUGUCCUUCUUCACCCCGUACGGUCCUGCCGCGCUCCUCGUGGAUUUCCUACUGAACGUCUGCGCCAUCUUAUUCGCGACAACCCUAUACUCUCCCUCGCCCCUAUUAUUGAAUAUCCUCCUCGUCUCCCCCGCAAUCCUUCUUGUCCUCAGCUCAAAGUCUCGCGGUCCCCAGAAAGCCAAACCUCCACGACAGGCCGAAAAAAAUGCCACUCAAGGCAACCUAGAUCCCUUCCCAGUACACCCGUUCCUCACCACAUACCGAGCCGCCAUGAUGGUAGCCACCUGCAGCGCCAUCCUCGCCGUCGAUUUCCCCGUCUUCCCGCGCCGAUUCGCGAAAGUCGAGAACUGGGGCACUUCGCUGAUGGAUCUUGGCGUGGGCUCGUUUGUCUUUUCAGCGGGACUGGUCUCUGCUCGCUCCGUCCUCAAGGGCCAGUUGGUAAAAGACCACAAGUCGAGUUUGAUCCAGAGACUGACGGCGUCGAUUCGACACUCGAUCCCGUUACUAGUCCUCGGGCUGGUCCGUUUGUACAGCGUCAAGGGUCUCGAUUAUGCCGAACAUGUCACCGAAUACGGCGUGCAUUGGAAUUUCUUCUUCACUCUGGGUCUCUUACCACCCUUUGUGGAAAUAUUUCAUUCAUUGUACUCUAUCAUCCGCCCCUACGAGCUUCUCGCCCUUCUGGCUGCUACCGCAUACCAAGUUGCCCUAGAGUCUACAGAUCUGAAAGCCUAUAUUCUAGUCUCGCCGCGCGGACCCGAUCUGCUGUCUAAGAACCGCGAGGGCGUCUUCUCAUUCAUCGGGUACUUGGCGAUCUUCCUCGCCGGGCGCGGAACUGGUCUACGCAUAAUCCCUCGUGGAACAUCCAAAACCGUCACGCCGCAACAAGCCAGAUGGGGAGUAUUACGCUCACUAGCUAUACUAGCAUUGGGCUGGUCGGUGCUCUUCCUCUUCAACUCCACUGCAGCCUUUGGCUACGGGGCCAAAAUCAACGUAUCCCGACGUCUCGCAAACAUGCCAUAUGUGCUGUGGAUUUCUGCCUUUAAUAAUGCGCAAAUCUUCCUUUUCUGUCUCACAGAGACCAUCUUUUUCCCGUCCGCUCACAAGGCGACUGACAAGGAAACGGCGAGGGAGAGGAGCGGAUUCGCGACGAGUCGGAUCAUGGUUGCGUUUAAUAAGAACGGGUUGCCUAUUUUCCUGCUGGCGAAUCUUCUGACUGGCGCAGUGAAUUUGACGUUUAAUACGUUGGAUGCGAAUACAUGGCAGGCUAUGGCGAUCUUGACGGGUUAUGUCGCGGUUAUAACGGGGAUUACAUUAGCGCUAGAUGCUUCUGGGGUGAGAUUGAGAUUGUAACACCUAGACAUGUAAUACUUCAAAUAUUUAGGAAGAAAGAAU